AUGCUAGAUCCCAAUCUACAUCCGCCGUCGAAGCCUACAAAGCGCCAGAUUACAGACGUAGAUAGACAGAAAGAGGAAGAGGAACUACAGAUGGCACUAGCUCUUUCAGUCAAAGAAAAGCCCGUACCCGCACAGAAUCACGGCAAGAAAGCCAGUCCAGCGCCGCAAUCGCAAGCCGGUCCUUCAAAGCAAUCGGCGCCUCCCCAGCCAGCUCCACAAGGCACGACCGCAGCCACCGUAUCUCGAGUCCGAGCUCUUUACGACUUUGUACCUUCUGAGCCCGGUGAAUUGCAGUUCCGGAAAGGAGAUACAAUAGCAGUACUGGAGAGCGUCUACAAGGACUGGUGGAAAGGCUCUCUAAGAGGUCAAACCGGAAUCUUUCCCCUCAACUACGUGGAGAAAUUGGCAGACCCGACCCAAGAUGAGCUGCAACGGGAAGCACAAAUGGAAGCAGAAGUGUUCGGAGAGAUCAAGAACGUAGAAAAGCUCCUCACACUGUUGAGUACGAGUAGCUCAGAGUUGAAUGUGAGAGACAACGAGGAGAUCACUGAGCUCUAUCAUUCAACGCUCGCUAUUCGGCCAAAGCUCAUCGAGCUCAUUGGGAAGUAUUCGCAGAAGAAAGACGACUUCACUCAACUGAACGAGAAAUUUAUCAAGGCGCGGCGAGACUAUGAGUCUCUUUUGGAAGCAUCGAUGUCACAACCGGCGCAACAACCCUACGGUCGCCAAAGUCAGCCGCAAUAUGGCUAUCCAGGGGGUUAUCCUCCCCAAGGUGCGCCGCCUCAAUCAGGUCCAGGUCGAUUCUAUACUCCAGGUCCAGAUGCGCAUGAUUCGCGCCCUCAGCAAUCUCAACAGCCGCCGAAAACCGGGCCACAGCCCUUCGUCUAUGGAAACCAGCAAGCCCCAAGUCAGCAACAACCGAACCAAUAUCACCCCUCAGAUCCCCGGCAACGCAUGGGUUCCGGCAGUUCCCAGCAUCCACCAAACGAUCCCUAUGUACAACAUCGUCCACAGUCAACUUACGAAAACCCACAAGAACUUUCCACGUCUCAAUACGCCAGUCCAACUGACAACCGUCAGAACGCGUACCCGCCCCACAUUCAACAGCAACAAGCGCAACAACCUUCAAACGAUUAUUCACCAUCAAUCUAUUCCCCAGAUGAGGCACCACAUCAGCAACAACAGCCUCCACAAGUACAGCAGCAGUUCAACGCAGCGCAGCCGCCAUAUCCACCCAGCUCUGCACCUAACCAACCAUCACAACGACCGCAGUACCCACCUUACGAACAGGGGCCACCAUCUCAACGGCCACCGCAAGCUCCAUCGCCUAAUUCGGGAGGUCAGACUGCAUACCCUGUAUUAAAUAGCGGACCACCGGCUGGGGUAGGCUAUCAGCCAUACCAUGCUCCACCGUCUCUACAGCCAGGACAUGCAGCAGCUGGGGGGGAGAGCCAAAUGAUUAUUACAGGUAAAUAUGAGUAUACGUAG